GAGCAGCCAUUUCCUUGUUCAGAGUGCGGGAAAUGUUUUUCACACAAAACUAGACUUUACAUAUAUCAGAGAUCUAACACAGGAGAAAAGCCAUAUGUCUGUCCUGAGUGCGGGAAAUACUUUUCAGAUAAGUCUAUACUUUACAUAUAUCAGAGAUCUCACACAGGUGAAAAACCAUAUGUCUGUCCUGAGUGCGGGAAACACUUUGCUGUGAAGCCCAGUCUUCACACACAUCAGAGAUCUUACACAAAGGAGAAGUUGAAUACCUGUUUGUAG